AUGGAUAUGAAUUAUGAUACAUGGAUAUAUCAUGGUGAGCGGAUCCAUCAAGUGCAAGGACAAACUUCAGGAUUUACGAAUGACGAGCAAACUAGUAGUCCUAAUGGCAACAUGGUCAAUAUGAUUGAGGAUGCAUUUCAAAUAUUGGAUGAUAAUGACAAUGAUCAAGAUACAUUGUGGAGUGUAUUGAGCUACAUUGUGGAAUUAAUUCACAACAAAGUUACCAACUAUAUGACUGACAGGGUAGUUGAUAAGAUGUUAGUAAUGAUGAAGAAGAUGUGUCCCCAACCCAACCACGUUCCUAAAUCAUUCUAUGAGUGCAAGAAGAUAUUGAGAUGUCUUGGAUUGGGGUAUGAAAAUAUCCAUGCUUGUUACUACGACUGUGCAUUGUUUUAUAAAGAACAUGAAAAGAAAGAUAGAUGUCUAGUAUGUAAUGAGCCAAGGUAUAAGGCUAGUGUUUGUGAGCAAAGAAAGAAAGUUCUGAGAAAAGUAUUGCAGUAUUUUCCACUUAAACCAAGGUUGCAAAGGUUAUUCAUGUCAAGACAUAUGAGCAAAGACAUGAGGUGGCACAAGGAUAAAAGAGUCAAUGAUGUGAACACAAUGAGGCAUCCAGCAGACUCUAUUGCUUGGAAAAAGUUUGACAAAAUAUACCCUGAUUUUGCUCGAGACCCACGAAAUGUUAGAUUGGGCCUUGCAACUGAUGGGUUUAAUCCUUUUUCGGAUAUGAGCAAGCCUUAUAGUAUGUGGCUAGUUGUUUUGUUUCCAUAUAAUUUGCCCCCAUGGAAAUGUAUGAAAAAGCCAUUCUCUUUUCUCACCUUGUUAAUUCCUGGACCCAAUGCACCUGGAAAUGAGAUUGAUAUAUAUUUGCGUCCAUUAAUAAAUGAGCUUAAGGAAUUAUGGGAAAGUGGCGUUCAAACUUAUGAUAAGAUGGAUGUAUGUACUUUUAAUGUGCAUGCAGCUGUGAUAUGGACCAUCAAUGAUUUUCCUGCUUAUGGAAAUUUAUCAGGUUGGAGCACUCACAGUAAGUUGGCAUGUCCAAUUAGGCAUAAUCUUGAUGUCAUGCACAUUGAGAAGAACAUAUUUGAUAUUUUGAUUGAGACAUUGUUGAACACGGAGAAAUCAAAGGACACACUCAAGGCGAGGAUGGAUUUAAAAGACAUGAAUAUCAGGGAAAGUUUGCAAUUGGAAUUGAAUGAAAAUAAUAAAUUGGAUAAGCCACCAGCUCAGUAUGUAUUCAAUCCUUCCGAGCGUAAAGAUUUUUUGCAAUGGUUGCAAUCAAUUAAAUUUCCUGAUGGUUAUGCAUCUAGUAUUUCACAAAAUGUGCGUGUAAAUGAAGGAAAAGUUAUGGGUUUAAAGAGCCAUGAUUGUCAUGUGUUGAUGCAACGUGUACUUCCCGUGGGUAUUCGAAAACAUUUGAAAAGGCAGAUAUAUGUACCAAUUGUUGAGUUGUCAAAUUUCUUUCAACAAAUAUGUGCAAAGACAGUUACUGUUGCUGAUCUUGAUAAGUUGGAAGAAGAUACUGUGCUUAUAUUGUGCAAACUAGAAAAAAUAUUCCCGCCUGCUUUCUUCGUUCCCAUGGUUCAUUUAACUGUGCAUUUGCUACGAGAAGCUAAAUUAGCAGGACCAGUUGGAUGUCGCUAG